CUGUGUCAGGGCAGGGCCAAGCCUGACUGCCUCAGCCUGGGGAUCUGCCAUUUGGGGCUAAAUUGACUGCUCAGAGGUACAGGAGCCCAGCCCGAGGACUAGUGGCAAGAUAUGACAAAGGAAAGCUUCUGACACCUGCAUCUCCAGCAGCCAGGGAGCAGGGCAAAUUUGCUGGUGACUUUGUUGUUGGCUAGCCACAAUUUCUGGUAUCGAUGAGAUUUCUGAAGAUUUCUUUUCUACUCUAUAGUUUGACUAAAAGGAGAAGAGAAAAGGAGGAUAAAGAGAUGGUCAUCAGCCUUUUUACAUCUCCAACGCGGAUAGGGACAGAAUGAUGUAGUUAAAAGAGCCCUGUAUCAGGAGUCAGAAGAGUCUAGUUCUUCCAAUAACGUGAGGUGUGACCUUGGAAGCCAGAAAGGCAGCCGUGUGGAAGAUGAUGACUCAUACGCUUUUGCUGUACUGCUUAGUGUUUCUUUUGCCCACAGAGUCCUGCAGGGCAUUAUGCCAGGCUGCCAGCAAAAACAAGGAUAAGGUGUCUGCCAGGCCACACGGUGUAUGCGAUGGUGUCUGUGUGGACAAUUCCCGCUGCACUCAACCCUGCCCUCCAGACACUCAGGGAAAUAUGGGGUUUUCAUGCAGGCAAAAGAAAUGGCACAAGAUCACGGACACCUGCCGGACUCUUACUGCCUUCAACAUCUUUGAGGCGGAUUUGUAUUUGGUUCGACCAUUUGGAGGACUUGUGGAAGUAGACCAAUAUGCCAGGAAGCCGGAGACCAUUACAGAAAUGUUGAUGCAAAAGUGUCCGAGGGAUUUUUCCUGUGUGAUUAGGAAGAUUCAGCAGUCUCCCCGGAUCCCGGGAAACAUCGCUGUCAUUGUGCAGAUCUUACACAACAUAUCGACUGCGCUGUUGACAGAUGUCGAUGAGGCAAAGAUGUGGAGUUACAGCAUCAUGGCCAACCACAUUCUUAACAGCAAAAGCAUCUCAAACUGGACCUUCAUCCCUGACAGAAACAGCAGCUGUGUCCUGCUACACUCAAUCAAUUCCUUUGCAAGAAAGCUAUUUAUAAAUAAACAUCCCAUUGACAUAUCGGAUGUCUUCAUUCAUACUAUGGGCACCAUCAUAUCCAGAGACAACACUGGAAAGAAUUUCACUUUUUCAAUGAGAAUGAAUGACACCAGCAAUGAGGUCAUUGGGAGGGUGUUGAUCAGUAGAGAUGAACUUCGGAAGGUGCCUUCCCCUACUCAGGUUGUCAGCAUUGCAUUUCCAACUCUUGGGGCUAUCUUAGAAGCCAGUCUUUUGGAAAACGUCACCGUGAAUGGACUUGUCCUGUCUGUCAUUUUGCCCAAGGAACUUAAAAGAAUCUCACUGAUUUUUGAAAAGAUCAGCAAGUCAGAGGAGAGGAAGACGCAGUGUGUUGGCUGGCACUCUCUGGAGAGCAGAUGGGACCAGCAGGCCUGUCAAAUGAUUCAAGAAAACUCCCAGCAAGCUGUUUGCAAAUGUAGGCCAAGUGAGUUGUUUACCUCUUUCUCAAUUCUUAUGUCACCCCACACCUUGGAGAGCCCAAUCCUGAUUUACAUCACGUACAUAGGCCUGGGCAUUUCUGUUUGCAGCUUGAUCCUUUGCUUGUCCAUUGAAGCCUUGGUCUGGGGCCAAGUCACGAAGACAGAGAUUACAUAUUUACGCCAUGUGUGUAUCGCUAACGUGGCGGCCACCUUGCUGAUGGCAGAUGUGUGGUUCAUCGUGGCUUCCUUUCUUAGUGGUCCAAUGACACACCACAAUGGAUGUGUGGCAGCAACAUUUUUUGUGCAUUUCUUUUACCUUUCCGUGUUUUUCUGGAUGCUUGCCAAGGCUCUCCUGAUCCUCUAUGGCAUCCUGAUCGUUUUCCAUACACUGCCCAAGUCAGUCCUGGUGGCAUCUCUCUUUUCAGUGGGCUAUGGGUGCCCUUUGGUCAUUGCUGUUGUCACAGUUGCAGUCACUGAGCCUGGCAAAGGCUACCUACGACCUGAGGCCUGUUGGCUCAAUUGGGACAUGACCAAAGCCCUCCUGGCCUUUGUGGUCCCAGCUCUGGCCAUCGUGGCAGUAAACCUCAUCACAGUCACACUGGUGAUUGUCAAGACCCAGCGAGCUGCCAUUGGCAGUUCUAUGUUCCAGGAAGUGAGAGCCAUUGUGAGAAUCAGUAAGAAUAUCGCCAUCCUCACACCACUGCUGGGACUCACCUGGGGAUUCGGAAUAGCCACAGUCAUCAAUGAUCGCUCCCUGGCCUUCCACGUUAUCUUCUCCUUGCUCAAUGCACUCCAGGGCUUCUUCAUCUUGGUGUUUGGAACAAUCCUGGAUCCGAAGAUAAGAGAAGCCUUAAAGGUUCGAGUAACCUCUGCAAAACGGAUCUCCAGAAUAUCAGAGAACCUUUCUUCUGAUUUCUUUGGUCAUCCCACCAAAGGGCCAAGCUAACGAACCAGGCCAUACUUCUAAGUUGGUAGAUGCGGACUCUGAGCACAAGUGAGAGAAGAGAGAUUGGCCUUUCAUCUGUUUUGUGCAUUGAACAGUCACAUCUAGUAUGAAAAUAUAUUCCACUCAGAUGUACUCACUCCCUAAGAGAGGACGGCGGGAAAGACAUUCCCCUUUGGGCUUCUUGUUAGCCAAGAAAGGCCCAUGGAUGCUGACAGAGAGGCUCCUGAAUUAUUGGGGAAUCUCUUGAAGAAGCUGUGUCCUCUCUCCUGGAGCCCACAACCCAGUCUGCCCCAUCCUGAAGGAUGUCAAUGAAUUGCAUGGAUUAGGCUACUGUGGAAGGUCCUGGGUGGAGGCACUUUCACUGUCCUGUUCACACCUCACCGAGGAAGUGAAUCGGCCAGGUGGCUCAAAGAGAAACUGGUGCUAACAGUGUCUAAGGCAGAUUUGUGGGUAGAACACCUAAUACAUGAUGAUCCUUGGGAAAAUUAUUUAAAUUCCUUGGACUUUGAUUUUCUCCUCUGUAAAUUGAGGAUCAUAGAGCCUACCUCACAGAGUUGUUGUAAAGACUAAAUGAAUAAACAUAGGUAAAAUACUUGGACUAGUACUUGACAAAUAAUAAUCGGCCAUUAAAAGAUUAGCUGUUUUUAUUCGAGUACCUGUGAAUUCAUGCACACACACAGACACACAAACACAAGCAAACCCACAGCCAUGGCCUUUUGCAUUAGUUUGGAUGUAGACACUCUCAUGAGAGUUAGUUCGUUGACUUCUAAAUAAAAGUGUGAAGAAUUUGAUUCAGCCUAUUCCAUAUCAGGGCUAUCAGCCAGCAAAAUCUGGGCUUGCCAUUGAACGAUCCUUUCAUUCGGUGUUACCAUGGUUGUAAAUAUCGUUCCCUGCCCGGGACAGAGGGUGCAUCAUGGGGCAUCAUGGGGCUGGAUUCAGGGCACACUGUGUCCGAGCUCUGCUUCCCGUGUUCCUUCGGUGUGCUCCUCUCUCAUUAGUCCGAUCAGAAGUUGUCAUUCUCCCCACCUGAUUUCCUAUGAUAUUUAUAACCUGUGCCAUUCACUUUAUAUUCGGUAUUCAUUGUGUUACAUUGUUUAUUUACUUUUGGUCUUUUUGUGUGCAUAUAUUUUCUUUCCCAGAUGAGACUGUAAACCUUUGGGGACAGGAUUACUCACUAUGUUGCUCACUUUUGUACGCCUGAAGUGCAGAGCACGGUGCCUUGCACAUAGAAUAUAUUCAAUAAAGUUCUUUG